AUGUCGCUCCAAGUCACGAAGUACGAGAUCCAGGAUGACUUAGGAGAAGGUGUGAAGGACCGGUUGAAGGUGCAGUUCGGGCAAGAGUUUGUGGAGUCGUGGUCAGGCACUCGUCUGUUGUCAAAACUGGAGGUGCAGGAGGAGAGCCGUCGUCAAGGUCAUGGAUAUUCCCUCUUGGUCCAGUUGGAUAAGACCGAGAAGCGUUUUAUUGUAUCGGUUCCUUGCUCAAGUGUGCCUGGAUUGAAGCUGGCGAAGGCUGUCGGGUUGGCACCGGUACUUGUACAUUGGGCGGAAGAUGUGCACAGCCCUCAAGUGCCGUCUCUGCUGGUUCCGCAGGUCCUGUUCGUGGGGGGGUCUAUGGUGUCUGCUGCCCCGUCAGAGAUACAGCCUUUGGUCGAGGACUUCCGGUCAUCUUUAUGUCUGUUAUGUUCGUCGACCCUCAGUCCCGUGGCCACCCGUAGCAUAGCUCUCAUGCUGCGUUGUGUCGACGCCUGGUGGAUCCGUCAUCGAGUCAGCCGUCUGUCCCUGUGUGUCACCGCAGAAGCCCUUGCAAUGUAUCUCUCCCACCAGGACCUGGAGAGGUUGUCGUACUAUAUUUCACCCGGCUGCCACGUCUCCUUGGUCGCAGACAUCUGGCCAGUAGUCAGCCACUUCGCCCUCAGAGCCAUCAUGCUUGGCUCACCCCAAGUUAACGAACUGCAACUUAGUCCUUUCCAAAAAGCAGCCCUCAUCGGCGUGGGCUUACAACAUAAAAAAUUCUCCGUCGUGGCUCAUGAGUACGACAUACCCGUCGACCAGGUCCGAAUCCAUUUCAAGCUCGGCUUGAAACGCGUCCGCGACUAUAUAAUGGCACUAAGCUCUGCAGAAAUCUCCAAGGAAAUUGAGCAGAAGGUAGCAGAAGCCAGGGCGGACGUUCUCAAAGGAACAGAACGGGGUACAGUAGCAGACGAGUUAAUCGAUGUCAUGAACGACGCCGUAUGA